CUUCAUCCACCCCACGAAGCUCUUGCUGCACGUCACAAGUCGAUUCAAUAUCACUAAUUGUGACUGAAAUCAAUUCAAAACCAUAGACAUGGAUGCCGCAAAGGUUCCCGUCAAGCUUGUCAAAGUCACCCGAGUCCUCGGCCGCACCGGCUCCCGUGGCGGUGUCACCCAAGUCCGCGUCGAAUUCAUGGACGACACAACUCGAAGCAUCAUCCGAAACGUCAAGGGCCCAGUCCGCGAGAACGACAUCCUCUGCUUGCUCGAGUCCGAACGUGAGGCCAGGAGGCUGAGAUAGAAAGCUGGCAGGUCAUGAUCCAAUGAGCAGGAGAGACGAUAUCGAGACAGGAAAAUGUUCUGGCGUGAACAUAGGCAUGUGCAUUACCACGGGAAUUUCUUUCAUGGCAGAGGCGUGAUAUUGAGCACCUUUUACCUUUCAUGAAUUAGGACUCAGUCUCCAUCUAGAUCUCAGUCUGAUGUUUUUGCAAUGUGUGAUUUCAACAGCUUGCUCCCAGUUUCUGCAAUUGGCAUUAUCAA